AUGGCCACCCCUAGUGUUCUCACCUUUGACGCUGAGGGUCGGACAGUUGACUUUGAGGUUUGGGUAGAUGAUUUGCAGCUUUUCCUACAGUGCGAUGGCGCACACGAUCUCUCCCUGUUUGACCUCACUUCUGGUGCCUCUCCUGCCCCUGCUGCUGAUGCUGACGCCACUGUUCGCUCUCAGUGGGCCACGCGCGAUGGUGCUGCUCGCCUUGCUGUGCGCCGCCACUUACCGACCACUGAGCGUGCACACUUUAGCCAGUACAAGAGUGCUCAGACCUUGGACCACUUCCUCUCAGUUUGCCCCACCACACUCACCGUUGACCUCCUCGAGAAGGCCCUCCUAGCAGCAGAGAAGAGCAUAGUCGCUGUAGGAGCCUCUCGUGGUGACCCUCGCACCCCCGUCUUUGAGGGGUGUUCUCCCUCCCCCCUCUUGCCCUCUGUUGCCUCUGCUGCUUCGGCCGACCUCGUUGGUUUCGAGUCGGUCGGCGCUACGUCUGCCCCGAGCGGGAGACGCCGCACCGGCAAGGGCAAGGGGGGCAAGGGCGCUGGAGGGGCUGGCAGGGGCAGUGGAGGUGGUGGUGGAGGCAGUGGAGGGAGUGGGGGUGGUGGUGGGAGUGGUGCCGGGGGUGGCAGCGGCGGCGGCAGCAGUGGAGGCGGAGGAGGCGGCGGUGGUCGCGGAGGGAGCGGAGACGGCGGAGGAGGCGGAGGAGGCGGAGGUGGAGGAGGCGGCGGAGGCGGCGGCGGCGGCGGCGGCGGCGAUGAUGGAGCCGGUCGCGACUCUGCGCAGAGGAGUGGCUCAGGUGGUGGUCCGCGCCAUCAGCAGCGGAGUGGCGUGACCCUGUCCCCUCAGCAGCUUCGUGAGUGGUACACUGCGCGUCAGCGCGGUGGGGAUUUUGGUCCCUGCACUUACGUCCUCCGUACCAGCGACCGAGCUGGUGAGCAGUGCGGUGGCCCGCACUCCACCCAGCGCUGCUUCGGUUGCCUGACGGAUGCGUGGCGUCGCCAGUUCCCUGAGGCAUCAGAGAUCCCUCGCUGGGGAGAUCUGUCUAGGGCGGGGGUUGCCAUCUUUGAUCUUGACUAUGAUGCUAUCCUUGCUGCCUUGUAUUCUGUGACUACUAGUGUUGAGGGUGACUGUUACCUGUGUGUACCGCCUGACCCGGGCAUUGAGGCCGCUGCGCUAGGUGCUGGUGAGGCUGCUGCUCUAGGUGCUAGUGCGUGUGCUGCCCCAGGUGCUAGUGCGUGUGCUGCCCCAGGUGCUAGUGAGUCUGCUGCCCCAGGUGUUGGUGAGUCUGCUCUCUCAGGUACUUCGUCGGCUCAGGCCUUCCACACCUUCACCCUUGACUCGGGUGCGUCCCGUGUCAGUAGAGCUACACUGUGA